AUGGAGCCGGACCCCCGAGGUCUUCCUUUCCGCUGCUGGGCUGGGCGGCCAGGCACGAGCCCCCCGGGGCCGGCGGGCCGGCGCUCUGCCCAUGCUCAGAGGCCCCGCGGCGGUGGGCGGGGACGUCAGGGCGAGUCCGGCGGGCGGGCGGGAGGCGGAGGGCCGGCCGGGCCCGCCCCCCGGCUGGGCUGGGCUGGGCUGGGCUGGGCUGGGGCCAGCGCGCCUCGCCGGCCGGCCGGCCCCCGACGAGCAGGAGCGGGGAUGGCGGCGGCGGCGGCCCCGGAGCGGCGGGCCUUCGCGCACCGCCUCAACCGGACGGUGGCGGCUGAGGUGCGGAAGCAGGUGUCCCGGGAGUACGGCAGCUCCCCCCAGCUCUCCAAGAAGCACGGUGGCCUCCCACAGUCGGUGCCUUUAACAGAAGUGGUGGAGCCGGUGGACUUGGAGGAAUACAUAAAUAGCCACCUGUCGGACAUUGAGCCUGGCCCUCUCCAUGACCUGGUGGAGUUCCCUGCGGAUGAUCUGGAGGUGAUCCAUGAACCCCGGGACUGCCGGACGCUGGAGCCCGGUGUCCCCAAAGAUGGAAAACAGGAUGCCCGGGUACGAGACGCCGUGCAAAUCUACAUGGGGGACUGGGUCGUUGUCCAGAGGAAGUACCAAAGGCUGAGCACCAUGUACACCCCCAACACCGCCGAGAGGCAAAGGGACCAGCAGAAGGAGCUGCCCAGGCAAGACUUCGAACUCGACGAGGCGGCUGAGGAGCGCGGCAGCCAGGGCGACCCGGACGACCAGAAGCGCUGCUCGGCCUCUCUGGACGACACGCCCCGAGGCAGCUGGGCCUCCAGCAUCUUUGACCUGAAGAACUGCGUGGCCGACUCCCUGCUGCCCUCCCUGCUGGCGCGCACUGCUCUCGAGGAGGUGGACCGCAGGAACGAGGAGCAGCGCAAGGAGAACCGGCACGGCGAGAUGCUGGCCCUCUACCCCGCCCCUGACGAGGACGAGGCGGUGGAACGCUGCAGCAUCCCGGAAGUCCCCAAGGAGCACUUUGGCCAGCGGAUCUUGGUGAAAUGUUUGUCUCUGAAGUUUGAGAUUGAGAUCGAGCCCAUCUUUGGAUCCCUGGCGCUCUACAAUGUGAAAGAGAAGAAAAAGAUUUCUGAAAACUUUUAUUUUGAUCUCAACUCGGAGCACACGAAGGGUCUCCUGCGCGCCCACGGGGGCCACCCGGCCAUCAGCACCCUGGCUCGCUCGGCUGUCUUUUCCCUCACUCACCCCUCUCCAGACAUCUUCUUGGUGAUCAAGCUGGAGAAGGUGCUUCAGCAGGGGGACGUCAGCGAGUGCUGUGAGCCGUACGUGGUCCUGAAGGAGGCAGACGCUGCGAAGAACAAGGAGAAGCUGGAGCGGCUGCGGGGGGCCGCCGAGCAGUUCUGCGCGCGCCUGGGCCAGUACCGCAUGCCCUUCGCCUGGACAGCCAUCCACCUCCCGAACAUUAUCAGCAGCGCCGGCAUGCUCGAGAGGGAGGCUUCCGAGCCGGAGGGCGAGUGCAAAGGCACCUGGAAUGAGCGCAAGAGGAAAGCCCACGAGCGCAUGAGUGUUGGGGAGGAGACAUGCAGCUUCGGCAACUUCCGCCCUGCGACGCUCACAGUCACCAAUUUCUUCAAGCAGGAGGCCGACCGUCUCAGUGAUGAAGACUUGUACAAGUUCCUGGCAGACAUGAGGCGACCCUCGUCUGUCCUGCGGAGGCUGCGGCCCAUCACAGCCCUGCUGAAGAUUGACAUUUCACCGGUGCCGGAGAGCCCCCAGUACUGCCUGUCCCCAGAGCUGCUGCACGUCCAGCCUUACCCUGACCUCCGGGUCCGGCCCACCAAAGAGAUCCUGGAGUUCCCUGUCAGGGAGGUCUACACGCCUCACACGACGUAUCGGAACCUGCUCUAUGUUUACCCCCAAAGCCUGAACUUCAGCAGCCGUCAGGGCUCCGUGCGGAACAUCGCAGUGAAGCUGCAGUUCAUGGCGGGAGAAGGCCCCGGGCAGGCCUUGCCGGUGAUCUUUGGAAAAUCAAGUUGCAGUGAGUUUGUAAAAGAGGCCUACACAGCUGUGGUGUACCAUAACAAGUCCCCCGAGUUUUACGAGGAGUUCAAGCUGAAGAUCCCGGCCAAUCUGACGGACAGCCACCACCUCCUGUUUGUCUUUUACCACGUGAGCUGUCAGCAGAAGCAGAACACACCUCUGGAGACCCCGGUUGGCUACACAUGGAUCCCUCUCAUGCAGCACGGGCGGCUGCGGACGGGCCAGUUCUGCCUCCCGGUGUCCGUGGACAAGCCUCCACCCAGCUACUCCAUGCUCACCCCUGAUGUCCAGUUGCCGGGCAUGAAGUGGGUGGACAACCACAGGGGGGUCUUCAGUGUGGAGGUGCUGGCCGUUUCCUCUGUCCACACUCAGGACCCGUUCCUCGACAGGUUUUUCACGCUGACCCACGUGCUGGAGGAAUACUCCUUUCCUUUCCGACUGAAAGACGUGAUCCUGACAGAGAGCAACAUGGAGUCUGAGCUGAAAUCCAGCGUGGCCAACCUCCGCGUGGCCAGCCUGGAGCCCCUCGUCGCCUUCAGCCACCAGGUCCUCAACAAGCUCAUCCAGCUGAUGGUGCGCCCACCUGUAAUUGGCGGGCAGACAGUGAGCAUGGGCCGUGCUGCCUUCGAAGCCAUGGCGGGGAUGGUGAACCAGAUCCAUAGGAGCCUCGAGGGCAGCCACGACCAGCACGGCCGCAACCAUCUCUUGUCCUCCUACAUCUUCUAUGUCUUCCAUCUGCCUGUGGUGGAACCAGGCUUGCCAGAAACUGGGAUGCUGCCUCCCAGUGGCUCCGCUCCGUGCUCCACAUUGUCCCGCGCAAGUGGGCGUCCGGCCAGCCUUAAUCUCUCCCGUUCCAAGAGCAUCAGCAACAGCAACCCAGAUCUGACCACCUCACCGGACUCCCCAGAUGAGCAGGCUCAGAAGACCAACAACAGCAGCAGCAGCAGGGGGAUCGACCGCUCGCAUUCCUGGGUCAAUUCUGCUUAUGCCCCUGGGGGCCCGAAGAACCUGCUCCGCAGAAACCACCCAAACUCCAGCACGGACCUGAAGCAGGCGGCUGGGCGAACUCCUCAUCGUCUCUCCUCCUGUCUCGAGGGCGCCACUUUUGCUCCAGCCACCCCGAUGAGGCCAACAACCAGAAAGCUGCUUCAUGAAGAGCUGGCCCUGCAGUGGGUGGUGAGCGCCAGUGCCGUGCGAGAAGCAGCCCUGCACCAAGCUUGGUUCUUCUUCCAACUGAUGGUGAAGAGCAUGGCGCACCACCUGUUCCUCUGUGACAAGCUAGAGGCUCCUCGCAAGCUGCGCUUUCCCAGCCGUUUUGUUGAUGACGUCUCAGCCCUGGUGUGUGCCGUCAGCGCGGAGGUUGCCAGCCGUUGCCAGAAGGAUGCGGAGCUGGUGGAACAUCUCAACAGCAGCCUUGCAUUUUUCCUCAAUGACCUACUCUCCCUCAUGGAUCGAGGCUUUGUCUUUCACCUUCUGCGCUCCUAUUACAAGCAGAUCAACAACCGGCUGCUGGCCACCCAGAACCCAAACGCCCUGGUGGCCCUCAGGAUGGACUUCAUCCGCAUCGUCUGCAGCCACGAGCAUUACGUCACGCUCAACCUGCCCUGCAGUGGCCUGUCUCCGCCUGCCUCCCCCUCCCCUUCUGUCUCCUCGGCAACCUCUCAGGGUUCGGCCUUCUCCAGCCACACGCAGGACCAACGAGUGGCCAACAUGUUUGAGCUCUCCGUGGCCUUCCGGCAGCAGCACUUCCUGGCGGGGCUGGUGCUGAUGGAGCUGGCCCUCAUCCUGGAGCCGGACGCCGAGGGGGCCUUCUUCCUGCACAAAAAGGCUGUCAGUACACUACACAACCUCCUGUGCAGCCAUGACGGGGACCUGCGCUACGCGGACAGCGCUGUGCGGGCCCAGGUGGCCCAGCUGUACUUGCCACUGAUCGGCAUUGUGAUGGACGCCCUGCCCCGGCUCUGUGACUGCACCGAGACCCACAGCCAGCGGGGACGGCUGGCCUCCGUCCUGGGGGAGGAAGGAGACGGGGAAGGCGGCACCAUCAGCCACUCGGUCGCCAUGGCCAUUGCGGGCUCUCCCCUGCCCCACUCCCACCGGCCCAGCCUCUUCCAGAUGCCGUCCGUGCCUCCUCGCCAGUACAGCAUGCUGUCAGCCGAGGUGAGCCGCACGCUGCUGGCGUGCCUCCUCUGGGUCCUGAAGAACGCAGACAGCGCGUUGCUGCACCGCUGGUUGGCCGACCUCUCUGCCUUGCAAGUGAAUCGGCUCCUGGACCUCCUCUACCUCUGCAUCUCCUGCUUCGAAUACAAGGGCAAGAAGACCUUGGAGCGCAUCAACAGCCUGACUUUCAAGAAGUCUCUGGAUAUGAAAGCCCGUCUGGAGGAAGCCAUCCUGGGCACCAUCGGCGCUCGCCAGGAGAUGGUUCGGCGCAGUCGAGAGCGCAGCCCCUUUGGAAACCACGAGAACGUUCGCUGGAGGAAGAAUAUCACCCACUGGAGGCAGAACUCAGACAAAGUGGACAAGUCCAAAGAGGAGAUGGAGCAUGAGGCUCUGGUGGAUGGGAAUUUGGCCACGGAGGCCAACAUGGUGGUGCUGGACACGCUGGAGGUCAUCGUACAGACGGUGAUCUUAUCGGAAGCCAAGGAGAGCGUCCUGAGCGGGGUGCUGAGGGUGCUUCUUCACAGCAUGGCCUGUACGCCGAGCGCCGCUUUCCUGCAGCACUGUUUUGCCACCCAGAGAGCCUUAGUCAGCAAGUUCCCCGAAAUGCUGUUCGAGGAGGACACGGAGCUGUGUGCCGACCUGUGCCUGCGGCUUCUGCGGCACUGCAGCAGCAGGGUGGGCACCAUCCGAGCGCACGCCAGCGCCUCCCUCUACUUGCUGAUGCGGCAGAACUUUGAGAUGGGCAACAACUUUGCCCGAGUGAAGAUGCAGGUCACGAUGUCGCUCUCCUCGCUUGUGGGAACAUCACCGAAUUUCAAUGAGGAGCACUUGCGGCGCUCACUGAAGACGAUCCUGACCUAUGCCGAGGAGGACAUGGAACUCCGGGACACCACCUUUGCCGAGCAGGUUCAAGACCUUGUCUUCAAUCUGCACAUGAUCCUGACUGACACAGUGAAGAUGAAGGAACAUCAGGAGGACCCCGAGAUGUUGAUUGACCUGAUGUACAGGAUAGCCAAGGGCUACCAGACCUCCCCGGACCUGAGGCUGACAUGGCUGAAGAACAUGGCCGCCAAGCAUUCUGAGCGUGGGAACCAUGCCGAGGCAGCCCAGUGCCUGGUGCACUCGGCAGCCCUGGUGGCCGAAUACCUGAGCAUGCUGGAGGACUGCCCCUACCUGCCGGUGGGCUGUGUCACUUUCCAGAACAUCUCUUCCAACGUGCUGGAGGAGUCUGCCAUCUCCGACGACGUCCUGUCCCCCGACGAAGAGGGCAUCUGCUCCGGGAAGUGCUUCACCGAGCAGGGGCUGGUGGGGCUGAUGGAGCAGGCGGCCUCCUCGUUUACGAUGGGUGGGCUCUACGAGGCCCUCAACGAGGUCUACAAGAUCCUCAUCCCCAUCCAUGAAGCCAACCGCGACUUUAAGAAGCUGGCGGUCCUCCACGGCAAACUGCACGAUGCCUUCGGCAAGAUCGCCAACCAGGCCUCUGGCUGGGAGGUGACUUAGAGGAUGUUUGGGACAUAUUUUCGGGUUGGCUUCUAUGGUUCCAGGUUUGGGGACCUGGAUGAACAGGAGUUUGUGUACAAGGAACCAUCCAUCACCAAAUUAGCUGAGAUCUCUCACCGACUGGAGGAGUUCUAUGCCGAGCGCUUUGGGGAUGAAGUGGUCGAGAUCAUCAAAGACUCUAACCCUGUGCAGAAGAACAAGUUAGAUCCGAACAAGGCGUACAUCCAGUUAACUUACGUGGAGCCGUUCUUUGACACGUAUGAGCUGAAGGACCGCAUCACGUACUUUGACAAGAACUACAACCUGCGCACCUUCAUGUUCUGCACACCCUUCACGCUGGACGGACGAGCGCACGGGGACCUCCACGAACAGUUCAAGCGCAAGACCCUGCUCACCACCUCUCACGCCUUCCCCUACAUCAGGACCCGCAUCAACGUGAUCCGCAAGGAGGAGAUCGUUCUCAUCCCUAUUGAGGUGGCCAUUGAGGACAUGCAGAAGAAGACCCUGGAGCUGGCCUUCGCCACCCACCAGGACCCAGCUGACGCCAAGAUGCUGCAGAUGGUGUUGCAGGGGUGUGUCGGCACCACAGUUAAUCAGGGACCCCUGGAAGUGGCACAGGUCUUUUUGGCGGAGAUCCCGGAUGACCCCAAGCUGUAUCGGCACCACAACAAGCUGAGGCUCUGCUUCAAGGACUUUGCCAAGAGGUGUGAAGAUGCCCUCCGCAAGAACAAGGCCCUGAUUGGGCCGGACCAGCGUGACUAUCACCGGGAGCUGGAGAGGAAUUACCAGCGCCUGAAGGAAGCCCUGCGCCCGCUGCUCAACCGCAGGAUCCCCCAGCUGUAUGCCCCAGUUGCCCCGUAUUUUGCACAUAGAAACUCUUUCAGCAGAUUGAGUAUGCGGAAGAUGGAAGCCUAG